UCAUUCUCAUCUAACUUCACACACUGGACAUUCAUAUUUCAAUCCUCAUACAGUUGGUCUAUUCCCCUUGACCAUAUCUUCCCGUCUACACAAUUGCAUUAACUCUCCCUGCUUAACCACAGAUCUGGACAUCGACACAUCCAUAUCUGAAGCCCGGAGAAACUCCAAGUCAUUGAUUGAAACGUUGCAUAUCGCCUCAAUUCCGACAUCUCCAUCUAUAAAAAUGCCCUCAGAUACCUUCCAAGGCUGGGUUGCCCACGACGCCACCAGCCCUCUCACCUUCACGACCUUCACGCCCAAGCCAUUCGCCGACACCGACAUAGAAAUCGACAUCACCCACUGCGGCAUCUGCGGCACCGACCUCCACACCCUGCGCUCGGGCUGGGCCCCAACCGACUAUCCCUGCGUCGUGGGCCACGAGAUCAUCGGCACCGUCCGCCGGGUAGGCUCCGCCGUCGCCACACAGUCCUCCUCGCCAGCCUCACAGCACAUCCAACCCGGCGAUCGCGUCGGCAUCGGCGCCCAGAGCGCCUCCUGCCUCCGCCCGGACUGCUCCGCCUGCGCCGACGGCCUCGAGAACUACUGCCCCCGCAUCACAGCCACUUACAACAGUCGGUACCGCGACGGCUCCAAAUCCAAAGCCCACGGCGGCUACGCGACCCGCUGGCGCGGACCCGCCCACUUCGUCUUCCGCAUCCCCGCGGCGCUGCCCUCCGCUGAAGCCGCGCCGCUGCUCUGCGGCGGGGUGACGGUGUAUGCGCCGCUGCGUAAAUACGGCGCGGGGCCGGGCAAGUCGGUCGGGGUGGUGGGGGUGGGCGGGCUAGGACAUAUGGGGAUUCUGUUCGCGAAGGCGCUGGGGAGUGAGCGGGUGGUUGCGAUUUCGCGCAGUUCGAGCAAGCGGGGAGAUGCGGUGGAGGGGCUGGGUGCGGACGGGUUCAUUGCGACGGGGGAGGAGAAGGACUGGGCGAGAAGGUACUCGCGGACGCUGGACGUGAUUAUCUGCACGGUGGACGCGGCGGAUAUGCCGUUGAGUCAGUACCUGCGGCUGCUGAAGGUGGAUGGGACGUUUGUGCAGGUGGGUGCGCCGGAGAAGCCGUUGCCGGGGCUGCCGGCGUGGUCGCUGAUUCAGAAGAGUGUGAAGGUGACGGGGUCGAGUAUUGGGUCGCCUGGGGAGAUUCGGGAGAUGUUGCAGCUGGCGGCGGAGAAGCGCGUGUUGCCGUGGAUUCAGAAACGGGGGAUGGACGAGGUGAAUGCGGCGCUGGGGGAUAUGCAUGCUGGCAAGGCAAGGUAUCGCUACGUGCUGGAGAAUAGGGAGGAUGUGCAGGCGAGGUUGUAGUUAUACAGGGUUAUAUAUGUAGUUAUGGGGAUUGAGUAACUGUAUAGAAUUUAGAUGGUGGCCAGCAGACAGGAACAGCGAUAUACGGAGUAGUAUAGAGCAGGCCAAGAACAGAAGCUCAACACUAAACCGUACAAGGGCUGCAAUACGAG